AUUCUUCCUCCCAACAAGCCCCCAAGCUGCCGACAGUCCUCUCUUGAGGAAUCGGCAAAAGCUUGCUAUUUUUCUCUUCUUUUCUUGUUAAAGAACUGAUUUUGGGACCUAGAACCCUCCCUUUGAAGUAGAAAUUUCCAGAUCUGCUCUCCCUUCCUCUUCCCUUCGGUCCGUGAGUUUCUGCUGGUUGGGGGUGCGAUUUUCUGGGCAUUUUCGGGUAAGCCACAGCCAUGAAUCUCCCUUCUCCAGCUUUGAUUGCCUUGGGUUUAUGUUAAUUGCUCUUGGUUCCUUCGAUUUUGGGUAGUUUCCGUGAGUUUCCCCUGCAGAUGCCGCCGGCUUCUUCUCCUUGCCAAGUCCGGUUCUUGCUGGAAAAUUCUGGAAGUGAAACCGAGGACGAGGAAACCACGGGAAGUGACAAGUUAAAAGGCUAGCCACUUGAGAUUUGACAUAGAUUUUAGAUACAUGUACGCCACGCUCUUGUAAGUUAGAUUUUAAUUGGAAAUUUUAUGGUAUCAAAACUGAUUUUGUUCAGUAAGUUCCGAGCCUUGUGCAUUUGUGGGACCCGUCUCACAAGUGCACGAUGUCUGUCGCGCCUCGGAUUUGAGUUAUGGGGCGUGGCAACAUGAGUAUUAGAGUUUGUAAAGUUUUUAAUAAUAUAACAUAGACUAUAGU